GGGGCCAGAGCCCCCAGCUCCCGAUUUCCGCAUCCCUGGAAUUCCUGCCCCCCCUUCCCCUGGGACUGAGGGCUGUGAUCUAGCUGGCUCUGCAGGAGUUAAUUACGGGCAGUCCGGAGGGGAGAUGGCGAGGCCUCUAGAAUCCGGGACCCCUCCCCACCCCCAGCGCCCCCCAAGGCCAGGCCGAGUCUCCCUUCUCCAGAGGCAGAGCGCUGCGGUUGGAGAGGAAGGAGCCGCCCCCUCCCCCUGCCGCCGCCACUUCCUUUGUUGUUGCUUUUGUCUCACGCCGAGCACAUGGUCCGGGAUCCUCGGCUCUUAAAGUCACAGCGCUCUGGCCCCGACGCCGCCGUAUGGCCUCCAGCCCCCCAUGUCCCCCCGAGCCCGGCACAAAGGAGUGAGAGGGGGAUGAGGGAGGCCCCUCUCUGGGCGAGUAUCUGUACCACGUCCUCCCUACCCACGUCCCCAGUCCCAGGGAGGGAUGGCUGAGGAAGCUCCCCGAAUCCCGCAACCUGCUCCUGGCCCACAUUGAGGAGGGGCUUGCUCCUCAGGGACCCUGGUUUCCUCCCCCAGUAAUGUGACCACCUGGUUUUUUGCGUCUUGCCUCUUGUGGCUUUAUUUGGGAGCUCUGGGAAGGAGAGAUUUCCACUCCCAUUUUACAGUUGUGGCAACUGAGGCGCACAGAAGGGAAGAUUUCCUUGACCAAGGUCACCCAGGGAGUCUGGGCUGGCCAACAACUCUUAACUCGCAGCCUGGUGGUCCUGCUCUCAGCUGCCUCCAGGCACCACAGUUAGGGAGCUCUGCUUGCCCACCAGUCAGUGCUGGGCCCAACCCGCCUCUUUUUUGAGGGGUGGGAGGGGGGCUCCUCAGCCUGCCUGAGUCUGCUCCUGUUCUCAGGGCCUGACUUAGCUUAUCUGCAAAACAGUCCCUGUACCUGCAAACAGCCCCCAGGCCCAAAUGAUAUGUCAGGAUCUCCCUAGACCAGGAUGGGGAUAGGAACUAGGGAGUUGGCUGCCUCCUGGGCGAGGGGGUGGAUGCAAGGUGCAGUCCCUGCUUCUGGGCGAGAUUGGAUUUAGGGACCCUCAAGACCCUUUUACGGAGACCUCACUGAGAGCCCAGCACAGAGGAGGUGUGGUGAAAGGCAGAGCAGUUAGGUGGUGGCCUUGUUGUUUGACCUUGAGCAAGUUGCUGCUCCAGCUCUGGGCCUUACUUGCUUCUUUCCACAAUAGGUCUAGUCAGGAUGCCUGAAAGAGAAAGCUCCCCUGAUCUCCUUUAGGGCCUGCAGUAGGGAAUUGGCAUUAGGUAAUUCUUGAGGUUACUAAUGGUAAUGAGAGUCAGGGGUUGAGGAAAUCUGGGCCUAGCGGGCCAGCCAGGACUAAUUCUGUCCUUCUUUGGCUUUGUGGUCUGCAGCAAGUUACUUUCUUUCUCCUGGUCUCAGUUUCCUCAACUGUGAAGUGGGUGAGUUCCCCAUGGGACAUCUCUGUCUCCAGUCAAGAACCAGGGUCCCCUCCCUUGCCAGCUGGGAGGGGAUAUUCCCUGAGGGAGGCAUGUUUCCCAGCUGCCUCCUGCAGAGCUUAAAAUAGCAUCUUUAAGCUGCUUGGGGGGUGGGCGUGAAGGUCAGCCUGUUGUAUUUUCUGAUAGUGAUCGGUCACACCUAAACUUUACAAAUCACUGCAGCAGCCUUUAAGCAGUCUUGGGAGGUGAUUAUUGGGCUAUUCCCAUUUUACAGAUGAAUAAACUGAGGCUCAGAGAGGGGAGGCGAUGUGCCCAAUCCUCAGCCAAGACUCUGGCCGGAAGUCAGGGUAUUGUGUGUAAGAAUGCAAGGGUCAACACUGUCAUCUUUGUCACCGUCAGUCACAGCUAGAGGCCUUCUGUCUGGUGGUUGGGUUUCUCGGCUCCUUGCCACUUCCUUUCCUGAGGUGUGGGUGUCCUUGAAGAGGCUGGCCAGAGCAGAUUCCCAUGGGCCUAGGCCUCUGUGAUUCUGCACCCCUGAGCCUUGACACUGCCCGGACUUCAAGACAGCCUGGCACAAGAGGAGCAGUUGAGGCCACUGCCAUGUCCCAGUGCACUCACAGCUCCAACUGACUGGCCUUGGACCUCACUUCUCUGAGCCUCAGCAUGCCUACUUCUGAAGGUUGCUAUGAGGACUUAUCAGGAUGGCACAUGGGAAGUAUUGUAUACUCCUCAUAGGCAGGACUGUGGGCUCCCAGGAUCUCAGAGGUCAGUUAGAACAGAGGUUCUCAAGCACCUGCCUCUGCUGUAGAAACUGCUGGGGAAUUUAGUAGAAAUCUAGGUGCCCUUGUUCCCCAACCCUCCAAAGAUUCUGAUCCAAAAAUCUGGGGUGGGUCAGGAGUCUGUUGUUAAGUUAUUUAGGGGUUUCCUCUGAGUCUCUCUUGGCCUUUGUUUGCUCGGCUGGAUUAUCAGCAGGAAUCAAGGAGGCUGUGUGUGUACACAUGAGUGUAAGGAUAUGCACUUGGCCCACGCUGGGGGCUCACGACCCCAGUCACCUGUGGUGGGCAGGCAAGGAAUGGGCCUGGGGUGGCCUGGAGAGAAAACUCAUGCCCAGAGUGAGGUGGGUCAAGCAGAAAUGAGGGCCCAGUGGGACCAGAUUUUCUGCUUCCUUCCCCCCGCCACACACACAACACACUGAAAGGACAGAUUUUUUUAUGUCCCAGUUUUUAAUCAUUGGCACUAACUUCACUGCUGCCAGACAUGGCCUUAGACCUAUGUAAUUGGCUCUCCAGUGAGCAUUUACCACAUCGGGCCUGCCCUGUGCUGGACACAAGCUGGUCACUGGGCCCUGCCCACCCCUCUGCCAAGUGCUGGAGCCCAGGUUGGGUGGGAGAAAUGUGAAUUUCAGCUCUACUGUGGCUGUGGCCUUGGCCCUGUGCUGUCUUAUCAGGUGAAGAGCCUCCCUUUCAGGCUCAUUUUGAAAGUCAGGGCCCAUGCACGUAAAGCCCAGCACAGAGGAAAGGAACAAGGUGUUGAGGGGACAGUACACCGGUUCCCUAGUUGUGUUAGCAGGGAGGUGACACUUAAAGCUGGGUAUGAAGGAAGCAUAGGAGUUUUGUUAGAUGGAGGCAGGGUUCCCUGUGGCAGGAACAGCCAAAGGCUGGUCCUGUUGGAUGCGCCCUUCAGCAUUGCAGGAUCUGACAGUUUCCAGAGUUUUCCCUGCCAGGGCCUCAUUCCAACCUCUGGAGUUAAUGAGUGGUCCCCCCAACUUUCCCCACCUGGACCCUAGCUCCUGCCCCGCCCCAUUCUCACUCAACUUCCUCCCUUAGGUUUAGGUUCUUGCUUCCUCUUUUCUCAGCAAGCCCCACCUCCCACUUGGGGGCUGUGUUGGGUCUGGUUUGCAUGCACUCCCCCCACACACAAAGGGCCUGGCUGCACGCCAGACCCACCAGUUCACCAGAGGUUGACUUCCUUCAUCACGUCCUGCCAGAACCCUUGGGCUGGACCCCUUCCCAUCAGCAUCAGUGUGCAGCAAGAGGCUGGUAGUCAGCCCACCUCCCAGCUUUGACACUUAUUGUGAGGCCUUGGGCAAGUCCUUUCGUCUCUGAGCCUCAGUUUUCUCUUCUGCAAAAUGAGGCUAACAGUACCUUACUUGAAGAGUAGGUGAAGUCCCAUUUGGGUAGGCACUGUGGGAACAGAUUAUGAAAAGAAAGUAUACAGUCAGCCCUCUCUAUCCAUGGGUUCCACAUCCAUGGAUGUAACCAAUUGCAGAUUUAAAAUACUUAGGGAAAAAAAUUCCAUAAAGUUGCAAAAAACAAAACUUGAAUUUGUCACUUACAUAGCAUUUACAUCAUAUUUACAUAGCAUUUACAUUGUAUUAGGUAUCAUAAGUAAUGUAGAAAUGAUUUAAAGUCCAUGGGAGGAUGUGUGUAGAUUAUAUGCAAAUAUUAUACCAUUUUAUAUAAGGGACUUAAGCAUCCUCGGAUUUUGGUAUCGUGGGGGUCCUAGAACCAAUCCUUCGUGGAUACUGAGGAAUGACUGUACUGACUUGGCUUGGACUGGGAACCCCGAGGGCAAGAACCAAGUCAGAACCUCUCACCUGUUACUAGUGGAAGAACUAGGCCCCAGGCCUGUUUGCAAUCCAUCUUGAGCCAACCAGACAGAAGGGAGGAAGCUGGAGACCCCUCAGGAACCCCAGUUACCUAGAGGUCAGAGUUGUAGAUCCCCACGCCAGGACAGGUUUUCCUGGAGACCCCACCCUGAGGGGGCCUUACCAGAGCCCCCUGGCCUGGAAGCAUGCCGGCCAGCCCUCUGAACUUACCCUGAGGCGGACCCUGAUCUCAUUUCACAGCGCAGGAAACUAAGGCCUGGACUCCCUGCGGGCCAAGCCUGAACCCUAGUGCCAGAGCGCAGCGCUGCCUGGGGAGCCCAGGGUGUGGUGGGCAUCAGUGGCCUCUGGAACCAGGCUGCAGAGGUUUGAUUCUGUCUCCCCGACCCCUAAUGGAGCAAGGGACUGGACUUCUCUGUACCUUAGUUCCUUUGUCGGUUUGCUUCCUAGGGUUGUGAGCCCUGGCCCAGCCCCUCCACCCCUCUGCCUCCCCUGAUGCAGCCAUGGGCUCUGGCAGUGACUAGGUGGCCGCCCUCUGCCCCUGUGGGACAGCAGCGAUUCUCUGCAGGACCCAGCAGCAGCCCAGGCCAGCUCUGGGGAAGUGGGUAGUGACCUUGGCUUCUCUCCAUGCUCUGUGAAUGAGCGGCCCCCGUCAGUGCUACUGGGGCUUCCUCUCUGUGGUGCAGCCCUGGCCGUGAGGGCCCCCUGGCCAGCCCACCUACCCAGGAUGAGCGCUUGCCCUCCCAGCAGCCGCCGACCCGACCAGCAUACCUCCCCGUAGAGGAGCGCCGAGCCUCGGCUCCUGCCGGCGGGAGCCCCCGAAUGCUGCACCCAGCCUCCCAGCAGAGCCCGUUCAUGGUUGAUCUCCACGAGCAGGUGCACCAGGGACCUGUCCCUCUGUCCUACACAGUCACCACAGUGACGACCCAAGGCUUCCCCUUGCCUACAGGCCAACACAUCCCUGGCUGCAGCACCCAGCAGCUCCCAGCAUGCUCCGUGAUGUUCAGCGGGCAGCACUAUCCCCUCUGCUGCCUCCCGCCCCCGCAGCUGAUCCAGGCAUGUACCAUGCAGCAGCUCCCUGUGCCCUAUCAGGCCUACCCCCACCUUAUCUCCAGUGACCACUAUAUCCUGCACCCUCCACCGCCAGCCCCACACCCCCAGCCCGCUCAUAUGGCGCCUCUUGGGCAGUUUGUGUCGCUGCAGACCCAGCAUCCACGUAUGCCCCUGCAGCGGCUCGACAGUGAUGUGGACCUGCGGGGGGAUCAGCACCCCCUGGGGAGCUUCACCUACUCCACCUCUGCCCCGGGCCCAACUCUGUCCCCAUCCGUGCCCCUGCACUACCUGCCCCACGAUACCCUGCACCAGGAGCUGUCCUUUGGUGUGCCAUAUUCCCACAUGAUGCCCCGGAGACUGAGCACCCAGAGAUACCGCCUACAACAGCCGCUCCCGCCACCACCCCCGCCGCCUCCACCACCACCGUAUUACCCCAGCUUCCUGCCCUACUUCCUCUCGAUGCUGCCAAUGUCACCAACAGCAAUGGGGCCCACCAUCAGCCUGGAUCUUGAUGUGGAUGACGUGGAGAUGGAGAACUAUGAGGCCCUCCUGAACCUGGCAGAGCGGCUGGGAGACGCCAAGCCUCGCGGCCUCACCAAAGCGGACAUCGAGCAGCUUCCAUCGUACCGCUUUCAUCCUGAUAGCCACCAGUCAGAGCAGACGCUGUGUGUCGUCUGCUUCAGCGACUUCGAGGCACGGCAGCUGCUCCGGGUCCUCCCCUGCAACCACGAGUUCCACACCAAGUGUGUCGACAAGUGGUUGAAGCCCCCGCUGGGGUUGCUGCCCCGAACGAACCGCGUGUGGGGCCGGCACAUCCUAGCAGGCAGCCCCUGGCGCCUGCUGCCUCAGGGAUGCUCCAACCACCCUCGUUCUCCCGCAGCGGCCCUGGCCCACCGCCUCCCCCCAGCCUGCCGUGGGGCCCCAUCAGCCUGGCCCCCACCCCAUGGAGAACCCAGAGUCUUACUGUAUAUAACUCCAGGUGACAUUUCUAUAUUUAUAGCAGUGUUGAAACCCCACCUGUUUUACACAGAGAACUACCCUCUCCGACCCCCUCCCUUCCCCACCCCCCAAAAAAAAGGUUUUCGAAACCCUUAACGGUUCCUGGGGCAGGUGGAAACAGGCUCACGGAUGGUGUGUUGACUGCAGCAGUGAUUCCAACGAGCAGCUAUUGGGGGGGAAACACAACAUUUAAAAAAAAAAAAGUUUAAAAAAAAAGAUUUAUAAAACAAUUAUUUAGGAUGUUUGUGAUUUGCCGACCUUGCUAUAGAUGCCAUGUUACCAAUGAUUUCCUGUGGUGGGGGCUUGUCAUUGUUUACUCUUUUAUUUACCAACUUCUGGCCUAGGCAUGACAGUGGGUGCUGUCCCCCAGCCCUGGCUGGGCCCAGUGCCUGUAUUCUGUGUUAGAAAGGUCUUUUAUGUGUGUAUAUAUAUAUAUAUAUAUAUAUAUAUAUAUAUAUAUAUAUAUAUAAAAUUACAUAUAUAUAUAUAAAUAUAUGUAAUUUGGGGGGCCCUGUUCCUUGCACAUUUUACAGUUACCUCAUUUUUCCCAUGUAUGUAUUUGAGAAAAUGCUAAUAUAUAGAGAAAAAAAUGGUUCUUAAAGCUUAAAUGUGUGGUUUUCUCCAUUCCAUUGGAUUCACAUUGGUUUGUAGCAUUUAACAUAACUAGUAUGUUGUAUUAUAUAUGUGUAUACUGAUUGAAAUUUUUAACAGAUUUGUACUUUUUUUAAAAUGAAACUUGCUAGUUCUGCUUGACCAAGUAGUGCAAUCAUUAUUUUUUUUAAUAUUGUUGCUGAUUUCAGAGGGAUAUUCACUAAUAAUAAAUGUAUGAUGUAUAU